UAAAAAGGCAUUUGUUUUUCAAAAAGCGCCAAAAAAGGUCAAAAUCCUCGUGUACGUUUCCCAACGCUAACACAUCUCUCUCUCUCUAUUACAUCACCCAAAAGAAACUCUCCUUAUUCUUCUCUUUACUUUCUCUCUCUACAACUCGUCAUCUAUGGCCACCGCUACUCGCCUGCGGCGGCUCGGUGCCGCCGCCGCCAUAGCUACUGCCUCUGGUGGUGCUCUUAUCUUCAAUCAGCCUUCGUUCGCCGUUAACGAUCGUGGUGGUGGUCCGGCACUCGCCACUGUCAGACAGAAGAUCGCCGAUUCGAAUGCUGUCGUUCCUCCGAGGUCGGUUCAGGAGUCGGCUCUAAUCGGAGCCAGCUCUGCCAAUCCUUUGGACGUUCUGGUGAUUGGUGGUGGUGCCACAGGUUCGGGUGUCGCAUUGGAUGCUGUCACCAGGGGCCUCCGCGUCGGCCUCGUCGAGCGCGAGGAUUUCGCUUCUGGAACUUCUUCGCGCUCUACUAAGCUUAUCCAUGGAGGAGUUCGAUACUUAGAGAAAGCUGUUUUUAAUUUUGACUAUGGGCAGCUGAAGCUGGUUUUUCAUGCUCUUGAGGAGCGUAAACAGGUUAUUGAGAAUGCACCACACCUUUGUCAUGCUUUGCCCUGCAUGACACCCUGUUUUGACUGGUUUGAGGUAGUGUACUUCUGGAGUGGAUUGAAAUUGUAUGAUUUGGUCGCUGGGGCACGACUUUUACAUUUGUCUAGGUAUUAUUCUGCACAAGAGUCUGUUGAGCUAUUCCCCACACUUGCAAGGAAAGGCAAAGAUAAAAGCUUGAAGGGCACAGUGGUGUAUUAUGAUGGACAAAUGAAUGACUCUCGGCUCAAUGUUGGUUUGGCCUGUACUGCUGCAUUGGCUGGUGCAGCUGUGCUCAACCAUGCAGAAGUAGUGUCGUUUUUGAAGGAUGAAGUUAGCAACCGGAUAGUUGGUGCAAGAAUUAGAAACAAUCUAACAGGUCAAGAGUUUGAUACAUAUGCUAAAGUCAUUGUGAAUGCUGCCGGACCAUUUUGUGACUCUGUCAGAAAUUUGGCUGACAAAGAGGCACGGCCUAUGAUCUGUCCAAGUAGCGGUGUGCAUAUUGUUCUCCCUGAUUAUUAUUCACCUGAAGGAAUGGGUUUGAUUGUUCCUAAGACCAAAGAUGGCCGUGUUGUUUUUAUGCUGCCAUGGCUGGGCCGAACUAUUGCUGGCACCACAGAUUCUAACACUUCCAUUACUCUGCUUCCUGAACCACAUGAAGAUGAGAUUCAGUUUAUUCUGGAUGCCAUUUGUGAUUACCUUAAUGUUAAGGUACGCCGCACUGAUGUUCUUUCUGCUUGGAGUGGUAUUCGCCCGUUGGCAGUGGAUCCAUCAGCAAAAAAUACAGAGAGCAUUUCAAGGGAUCAUGUUGUAUGUGAAGAAUACCCUGGUUUGGUUACAAUUACAGGAGGAAAGUGGACUACAUACCGCAGCAUGGCUGAAGAUGCAGUUGAUGCAGCGAUAAAGUCUGGAAAACUGAGCCCAGCAAAUGAAUGUGUGACUCCAAAGCUACGCAUUGUUGGUGGAGAUGGAUGGGAUCCUGCAUCCUUUACUGUUCUAGCUCAACAAUAUAUCCGGAUGAAGAAGAGUCAUGGUGGUAAAGUUGUUCCUGGUGUAAUGGACACGGCUGCUGCAAAGCAUUUGUCUCAGGCAUAUGGAACUCUUGCCGAACGAGUUGCUGCCAUAGCUCAGAACGAAAAUCUAGGGAAGCGACUUGCCCAUGGUUACCCCUUUUUAGAAGCUGAGGUUGCCUACUGUGCUAGGAACGAAUUCUGUGAAUCUGCAGUCGAUUUCAUCGCUAGGAGAUGUCGGCUUGCUUUUCUCGACACUGAUGCUGCAUCUAGAGCAUUGCCAAGAGUAGUUGAAAUAUUGGCGAGUGAACACAAAUGGGAUAAGUCUAGAAAGAAGGAAGAAGUUGAGAAGGCUAAACAAUUUUUGGAAACAUUCAAGUCAUCGAAAAAUGCCCAGUUCCAUGAUGGGAAACACUUGUAGUAAGUGGAAUUUUCAUCUGGUUGAUAACUUAUCAAAUCCAAGAUAUAAAAACUACAUUGCAAUCAAUGACUUCAGUAGCAUUCUUCUAUUUGUUGGCUGGCCUCGGGUCUCCUCAGAAAUAAGCUUAACUAUGAAGGAGCUUGAUUUUCACAGAUACCAUGUUUGAUAACAUUCCUGGCAUUAAUUUGGCCAAAAGGAGGCCUUUAGCAGUUUCUUUCUUUCUUAUUUAUUUAUUUAUUUUUCUACACAGGCUGAUUUGCAAUCAAUAGCAUAAUAUAGUGCAAAGCCAUUUGGUCAUAGUUUAUUAUACAAGGAACUCUAUAUUCAAUGACUUGUGCUUCAGAACUCUAUAUUCAAUAAGCUAAUUAAUAAUAUUUUUCAUGUGAAAUUGAAAA